AUGAGCAACCCCACUCUCAAACUCCGCCAGAAGCGGUCCAUGAUGCGCCUUCUUAAUGAAGGCCGCUCGAUUCUCGAGUAUAAGUUCGACCCAAGCGCCUUCGUCGUCCCCCGGUGGAUUUUAGUGCCCCACGAGGUGCGCAAUGCCAUGGUCGCCCUCCAGUACAAAGCUAUGGUAGCCGUAUAUGGCAUGAAGAGCCUCAUGGUCACCCGCGACCACCGCUACUUCAAGUUAUGCCCCAAAAGCACAGGCCCCAUUAUCUACCAGCUCCAUCAAUCCUCCAUGCAUCGUCUCCUGGAAUGGAAGGAGGAUUGGAGUUUCGCCAACCCGACCCUUGCAGCCGCUGCCAAAAUCCCUCGUGAUGUCCUGCAGUUCUGCGUUGACUCAAUCGCCUACGGAAAGUUUACCUGUGAUUACACCAACAAGAUUGACGGUUUUAUGUCUGGUGCUUUCCAGAGUUGGCGCCAGCUUCGCAUAGAGAUUGGGCAUCUGGCCUUCCGUCUCAUGAGCCAUAAACCGCACGAGUACAAUAAGUGGCUUGUCUGGUGGGAGGGCAAGUUUGCUGAUGACAUGUGGAGAUGGGAGGUUUGCCUCGAGGGCUUGAUUCUGCCCACCUGGGAGGAGAUCAUCGAUGAUGUCUACCUCAUGAUCAACGAUCGAGUUGAGGAUGCCCAGGAUCUGGCCAACACAUUCUACGUCAGCACCCCGGGACUCGCUUCGACCGGGCUCUGA